AUGAGAUUUCCUACCCUAAUUGACGAAUCUGGUACCUCUUUUGGGGACGACCAGGGGAAGGCGCAUGCGUUAGGGCGAUUUUUUGCCAAUGUAUUUGAAAAGGCUGAUGAUGACAACCACGCAAUGAGCAUGCCUUGGGCAAUGGCUCGCAUCUCCGAAUCUAUAGAUGAUAUGACUGCUUCCAACCCGAUGUCCCUCAGCCUUAUAGUUGUCAAUCAGUGCUGUUAUGUUCGCCAUGGCUUCCAUUCCUUCUUCAGAGCUUGGCUUUCGCAGGAGUCCUAUCCUCGCUUUCCUGAUGUUUUCCUAACUGAUGCAUCGCUUCGGUUCGGAUGUGCCGUGUUUCUGCCUGUUAUUGCUGCCAUCUACUUCUUUUCCCCCAUUAAUGUUCCUGAGAGUGCCUUUGUUGCUGCAGUGCUUUACCAUGAUUAG